AUGGGUGGUUCAUUUCAGUUCAGCAAAACCAGUUUUUUGCAAAAAAAAACCAAACUGAAUUGGUUCAACCAGUUCAGUGCAAAAAUUGCAUUAUGUGACAAAAUCGAUAACUUUAUUCGCGAUCGUAUAACAGUCGCUGAUACAAUGAUUGUUGAAUAUGGGUUACAAAAAAUUCAAGAUGGUAAAAGACUUUUAAAUAAAUUGGUAAACGUGGGAAUCAAUUGCACAUAUGCUUUUCUUCAUGCACUUGGAUUUGUAUUAAAAGAUGUUUCAAAAGUUUUUCUUGGUGCAAAUGCUUUCAUGUCAAACGGAACACUUUACUCGCGUGUUGGCACUGCAUUGGUAGCAAUGAUGGCUAAAGGAAAAGAUAUUCCAGUUAUCGUAUGUUGUGAAACCUAUAAAUUCACUGACAAAGUACAAUUAGAUUCUUUUGUGACUAAUGAACAAGCACGCCCUGAUGAAUUAAUUAAUACUUCCACCUGUUCAAUACCAAAAUCUGGUUCAUUGAGUGAUUGGCUUCAAAAACCAGAUUUAAAAUUAUUAAACAUCUUGUAUGAUUUGACACCUUCAAAAUACAUAACAACUGUUAUCACUGAAGUUGGAAUGAUUCCAUUUACAAGUGUUCCUGUGCAAGUUUUUAAUUAG